AUGGGCAAGGACAAAUCCGAGAAAAAAGACAAGAAGGAGAAGAAGGAGAAGAAGCGCUCUGAAACCGACGGCGUGCAGAAGCAGAAGAAAGAGAAAAAGAAGGAAAAGAAGCUGUCCGAAGUCGCCGAGAAGGAAAUACUGGAGGAAUUGCAGAAGCCUGAGACUGUGGAGGUCAAUGGCGCCGUCGAAGUCACUGAGCUUGCCGACAAACCAAUUGGUGCCCUGGUGCCAUUUGCGAACCCUCUUGUCGAAGAAGAAAAGACUGCCAAGAAGGUGUUUAAGACUGUGAAGAAGUCCGCUGUCAACAAAUCCCUCAAGCGAGGCGUCAAGGAAGUCGUCAAGGCUCUUCGCAAAAGCCCCAUCCCAGCCGCCAACGUUGCUGUCACAGAGCCUAUUGGAGUUGUUAUUCUCGCCGCAGACAUCUCUCCACCGGAUGUCAUCAGUCAUAUUCCCGUGCUGUGCGAAGAGCACGGCGUUCCCUACCUGUUCGUAAAGUCGAGAGCCGAACUCGGUGCUGCUGGUGCCACGAAGCGCCCUACCAGCGUAGUCAUGGUGACCCCCAAAUCCGCCGGAAAGAACAAGAAGAAGGACGGUGAGGCAGGAGACGAUGAAGACUUUGGCAAGACAUUCGCGGAUAUAGUGAAAUUGGCUCAAAAGGAGCAAGAAAAGGUCAAGAUCUGA